AUGUCCCGAGGACGCUUCCCUCGCGUUAUCUUUUGGUGGAUUAUCCUGGUAGUUGCGCUUCUGGAUAAAGUUAAUGAAGUAAAAGCGCACAGCUGCCACGAGGUGAAGACAGCUUUCCAGGUGCGACAAAUCGGCCCGUUGAAAUGGGUGCCAGAGACACCUGGGACAGAUGUGGACCUGCUGGUGUGUAAGCACACUGGGCCGUCAUGUUGCACACGUAAGAUGGAGGAGAGCUACAGGCUGGCAGUGCUCAGAGAGACCAUGCAGAACAUCCGCUCCUACAGCUUUGAGCUCAAAUACCUGAUAUCAGGCCAUGCAGCCGACUUCCAGGACACCUUUCAGUCCCUCAUGUCUUUCUCGUUGGAUCAUCUGAACUCUCUGUUUGGGAGCACGUACCCCGCCCUGGAGCAGGACGUCGCUCCUCUCGUCGACCAACUCUUCUCCCAGCUCAGCCUUUACAUCCAGGGCGCCAACGCCUCGGUGGAGUCUGCUGUGCACCGUUUCUACGACAACCUCUUCCCGCUGGUCCACAGCCGGCUCAUCAACCCCGGGAUGGCGGGCGUGGCGGACAGCAGGGACGAGUGUCUCCGCAUGACCCGGCAGGACGUGAACCCGUUCGGGCCGCACCCCAAAGCCAUGGCCCGGGAGAUGACCGGCACCCUCAAGGCGGGGCGUGCGCUGAGCCGGGCCAUGGCGAUGGGCGUGGAGGUGGUGAACGCCACGGAGACGGCGACGCUGACGCGCGAGUGUGUCCGCGCGCUGGUGAAGAUGCAGUACUGCUCGCACUGCCGCGGGCUGACGCUCAUCAAACCCUGCGGGGGCUACUGCCUUAACGUGAUGCGCGGCUGUCUGGCCAGCCUGGCCGAGCUGGACAUGCCCUGGCGCAAAUACGUGGCGGUGCUGGAGGAUCUGACCCAGGCCGUCGCCGGGGCGCACAACCUAGAGCUGGCCCUGCUAGGGGUCAAAGGGCAGGUCAACGAGGCGAUACUACACGCUCAGCUGCACGGUCCACGGCUCACAGCUACGGUGGAUAAAUUGUGCGGCCCGUCUACAGCAGAUGCUCACACCACCCGGACGGCCACGACGACGGGGCUGCCGGUUACCACGGUAACCACCCCAUCGCUAACAGACACCUCCGCUCCUCCCCGAGCCAACCUGUCAGAAUCUCCGCUCCUGGCCCAGCACGGCAGACUGGCCCAUUUGAGACGAUCCUUCCCUCUGAAACCCUCCAAGAGCGAUAAACCUAGAAGUCUGAAAAAGAUAGCUCGGGAGUUUGUCGGACAAAUCCUUCGCUACAAGUCCUUCUACUCAGCCCUGCCUGAAAUGUUGUGCGAGGGAGAGAUGGUGGUGGACGGCUUCACCUGCUGGAGCGGAGAUGACGUGGUGGAGAGUUACACGGGCAGGAUUGUGGGAAAUGGAGUUCAGGCUCAGAGGCAAAACCCAGAGGUGAGGGUCAGAACACCGGACCCUUACCUGACAAACAUCACAGAGAAACUAGAGCUCUUCAACCAGGAGAUGCAGGAGAGCAUGCCCGGCCUGGGGCACAGGGAAUCGUGGGUAGACGCGGGCAGCGGCGUGGCGGAGGGCAGCGGAGAAUGUGAUGACGAGGACGGGUGCCAGGGAUCCGGAGAGAGCAAUUCUCUGUUCCAGUACUCAGAAUUCUCCACGCCAGAAUACUACUACAGUGAUCGUAGAGUCAUUAAUGGGACCAGUUCAGAGACCUGGGAGAGCAGUGUCUCCUCCAUCUCCUCCAGGCAGAGAGCAGGGGGCAGGGACAGAGAAGACACUGAUGAUUCGGAUGGUCUAACACAUAUCCACCACUGA